AGAUCCGAGACCUCGCAAAAAUAGCACGAUGCUGUUGCUGCUGAUGAUCACAGUCUUUCUGCAUACAGAAGAGGCGGCAACCGCAACCUGCAAACUCGAUGCAACUGUGGUCGAGGCUGUCACAAAAUCUCACAAUGAGCUCAGAGCAAACGUUGCCAAGCGCAACCUAAGCACUGCAAUUUUUGGAGACAUUCCUGGGUCAAAAACUCUUUUCAAGCUGAGGUAUGAUUGUGCAAACGAAGGACUUGCUCUCGCCACCAUUGGAAACAAAUGCAAGCAUUCCAGCAUUUACAUGGACAAAGUUGGAAGAGGCGAAAACUUUAUUACAUAUAGACUGGCUAAGAAACCAAGUUUAAGUAAACAAAAGGAUCUUUUUGCGUUUGCGGUGGAAGACUGGACGGAUACGGUAGAAGAACCUUUGAGCUCAGACGUGGUGUAUACUGACACUUCCAUGGAACCAUUUGCUAAUAUGAUCUACAACAAGACGCUGAACUUUGGCUGCUCAUUUCUAUUCUGUAACGAAACGAGCAAAGUUGCUCUUGCUUGCGUAUACGAUAACAGGCCAAAGGAAGGUGAACCGCUUUACUGGGCAGAUUCGAAAAAUAAUGCUGGAUGUCAAAAACCUGGACCCUGCAAAAAGGUUAUCAAAGGAACAGAUGUGAAUUGCGAUACCACCUAUGGACUUUGUGAUCAGGAUCCCGCCACUACCACUACCACUACUCCACAAGCAGCAGAUACAACAGUCUCGACAGACGAUACAGAUGAGUAACGGUUGUGAUUAUAGAGCGUUAAAGACUUGAAAAACGAGUAUGAGAGAGCAAUAAAAAUUUCCUGC